AUGGAGGACAACGCAGAGCUCGAAUCGUUUCGGCGCCAGUGGCGUGAGGAAGUUGCGCGCCGCGCGAAGCCAUCGAGGCCUCAACCAGCGCAGCCCAGGCCAACAAAAUCCUCCGCAGCCCCGUCGAGCCAAUUCCCGCCUACCCACCAUGAAGUAGCGGAGCGCAAGGACGAGGAAGACGGUGGAGUGGCAUCGGUCGAUCAUAGUGAGAUUGUCCAUGGAGUCGGUCAUUUGAGCUUAGGGGUAGCGGAUGAGGAUGCGUUUCACUCACGAGUCCCUCGAAGUGAGCCCAAGUCUGCAUUGGAGCACUUUGAAAGAGCGGUCGAGAAGGAGGCCGAGGGGAACCUCGGAGACAGUCUGCAACACUAUCGCAAGGCUUACCGUUUAGAUGCAGCAGUCGAUAAGACCUACCGAAACAAGCAUUUCGCCUGGGCAUGGAAGAAGAAUGCGCAGCCACCUGCCAAUGCUGCGGUCAGCAGUGCCACGGCAACACAACCAGCUGCAGAUGAACCUGAGAUCAUACCAACCCCGGAACUCAUCGCUUCAUUUGCUCAUCUUCCUAUCCCGCAGGCCGAGCCCUUGAUCGAGAAUACCCCUCCGCCGCCGUGCCCUAUUUCGAAGGUUCCGUCCGAGGUUCUGGUCGAAAUUUUGAGACAUGUGGCUGUGAUAGAUCCGGCAUCAUUCUGUCGGGUGGCGCUCGUUUGUAAGAGACUGGCAUAUCACUUUGCGCAUGAGCAACACAUCUGGAAACGCCUUUGCCAGGGCUCCGAGUUCGGAUUCAAGGCCAUGCACUACUCUUUUGCUUGUGACAUUCAUGGCAUACCGGAGUACACUCUAGGACCGCGGUACACGCCCUUCCCUCAAUCAAUGCCAGUCCAAAUCCCGGAACCGUUAUCGUCUUGGGCGGAGGUCUUCCAGAUAUUCCCUCGUAUUCGGUUUACGGGUAUCUACAUUAGUACUGUGAACUACACCCGUCCCGGUGCAGCCUCGGUGUACCAGAACACCUCGUGGAACAGCCCCAUUCACAUCGUGACCUACUACCGCUAUCUACGCUUCUAUCCGGACGGGACAGUCGUCUAUUUACUUACCACGGUCGAGCCAUUGGAGGUGGUGCCCUACAUCAGCAAGGAAAACGUCAAGGCUGCACGGGCAAUUUCCCAGAAGCAGUUCCAUCGUCAUAUGGCAGACCCAGGCAACACCAUCACGGGCCCUACCGAUACCAUUCCUCCUGUCGCCAUGGGUGCGCUGAGGCAAGCUUACCGAGGUCGUUGGCGCUUGGCCAAACCGGCCCCCGCCUCUGAUGCAGCCGACGACGUUCCUCAGGACGAUCUUAUCUCCGGAUACGACUCCUUGCCCGUCAAGGCCCAAUCAGCGGGCGCACCGCCUGAUCCUCGGGAUCUGGUCAUUGAAACCGAGGGAGCCGGUCCGAAGUACAUGUACCUCUUGCACCUCUCGCUUCGGUCGGUGUCAGCAGCCAAACCCGCUAACGCUAACAUGACGCCACCCAAUCCGUCCAAGAACACCAAGCUGGCCUGGAAGGGCUACUGGAGUUACAACAGGCUGACUGACGACUGGGCGGAAUUCGGACUCAAAAACGACCGGGCGUUUGUCUUCCGACGAGUGCGCGGCUGGGGUAUGAAUUGA